AGUGCGGCGAGCAGAGGACGUGAUGCACACACUAGCAGAGACUGUCCCACCAGCAGACAGGACGUCUGCAGAACCCUGGCUGGAGGAGCUGACCCGCCUGAAGGACCAGCUGAGCUCUGCAGUCCAGAACCAGCUCCAGACCCUCAGCAGAGCCGCACACUUCCAGCACUCCUGCCAGAGGCUGAAGCUGUGGUAUGGUCAGGUGCUGGCUGAAGACCUCCUGCAGGAGCUGCUGUGGACUGGACACUGUGAGGGAGACACCAGCGGCUCCUGGAGGCCUCGGGUGGAGAGCUUCACCAGCAGGAGCCCCUGUCCAUCAGUGGAGGAGCUGGUGACGCUGGCACAGCUCUCUAAUGCCAUGAUGGAGCCCAGCCUGCAGCACAGCGGCACACAGCUGGCGCACAGAUGCAUGACCCUGAGGAGGAUCCUGACCGCUCCGGGUGCCGUUCCCCUCAAAGACCUCCAGCUGGCCCUUCAGUGGCAGUACGAGUACCUGAAGGGCCACCGCUCGACCUCUGAUCUCUCCACCACUGACCCUCCAGGCUCGGCGCAGUGCGAGAACAUCAGUGAUCUCUCCAAGUGGCCCUCAGUCUCCUCCACACGAGCUGCACCUAAACCUCCAUCUCUCAGCUCCUUUGACUCUGGCUUUGAUGGAGCGGGCAGCAGUCUCUUGGACCUCAGGGGCCGGAGGGACACGCUGAGUAUUCCGGGAAACGGAGAUUCUGCCUUUAAGCGGAGCCCCCUUCAUGCACAGAUUCAUGAAGAGAUCAUAGUGAGUGUGUCUGACUCUGAGGACCAGCAGGAGGAGCUGACUGGGUUCGAGCUGAAGCGGGACGCUGCUCAUGCCAGCAUCCAGAUUGUCCCCAAAAUCAGCUCAGACUCUGUGAACCUGGAGAUCAAGGUGAAGCGCUCGGCCACGCUGCCCACCAACCCCUGGCUGAGCCUCCCCAUAGAGGAGCUGGAGAGCUGCUACACCGUCAGCAUCACGCCCCGCUGCUCCUCGAACCCACGCAGCCCCAAUCUGUCAGAGCGAUCGCGGGGACCGGCCCACACAGACCCACUGCGCACAUGA